AUGUCAAAUUCUACGGAUUUUAUACCAAUUCUUCCACUUUCAUCUAUCUCUCAAAUAUACCCCCCACCUAACAUCGACGCUCAAAAUGACCGUUAUAGAACUUUAAUUGAAACCUUUCGUUCUUUUUAUCCCAAUCGUUCACCAAAAUUCAUUUCCAGGGCUCCGGGUCGAGUUAAUAUAAUUGGUGAACACAUUGACUACGCGGGCUUUGGAGUUUUGCCAAUGGCCAUUAGUCGCGAUGUCUUGGUUGCGGUAGAUGUUUUUGAAGAUGAUAAGGACGGAAGAGUCUUGAUUGCAAAUGUUAAUCAGGAAAAGUACAAAUCUCACAACUGGAAAUUCGAAGGAAAGGAUAAGAUUGUAGAGAUUGUAGUCGAAGAAGGCGUAUGCAAUUGGAGUAAUUACUUUAAGUGUGGUUACAAGGGUAUACUUCAACACCUUGACACGGAUAAUCCUAAGGGAAUGUGUUGUUUGGUAGAUGGGGUGGUACCAAGCGGAGCUGGAUUGUCCAGUUCUUCGGCAUUUGUGUGUAGCGUCGCUCUAGCAACAUCUCGAGCUAACAAUGAAAAUUUGACAAAAAAACAAAUUACCGAAAUUUCCAUCGAGAGCGAAAGAUUAUGUGGAAUGAAUACGGGAGGAAUGGAUCAAACAGCUUCGAUCUUUUCUCAAAACGAACAUGCCCUCUACAUUCAAUUCUUACCCACUCUCACCGCGAUGCCAAUAAAAUUACCUUCUAUCAAUCCUCCAAUCGCUUUUGUCAUAGCCAACUCUCUUGUCACAGCCGAUAAAGUAGUUACGGCCCCAAUCCACUACAACUUACGUGUGGUCGAAACAAAGUUGGCAGCUUAUGACUUGGGUAUAACUUUGUUCGGAAAAGAAUGUGUGAAUCUAAGGCAAGUUUGCGAUCUGCAUUCUCAGACUAACGAGGUAAAAGCCUCCAAUCUUGAAUAUCUUUCAGAAUUUCUGGAGAAACAUCAUCCCGAAUCAAAUAAACGUGAUGGAUAUUCAUUGGAUGAAUUGACUAAAUUGUUGAAUUUGUCAGAGUCUGAAAUUCAAGCAAUGUUUUUAACGAAAUUUCCUGUGAGAGCAGAAAAAUUUCAUCUGUACAAAAGAUCGAAACAUGUAUUUGAUGAAGCUUUGAGGGUAUUAAGAUUUUACGAGGUUUGCCUUGCUAACGAAAAAAAUGGUUUCUGUGAUCAAGGCGCGUUCGAGGGUUUAAGGGAAAAUGGUAUUCAUGAUCAAAUGACAUUUGAAAGUUUGGGAAGGUUAAUGAAUCAGAGUCAUAAAAGCUGCAAAGAAUUGUUUGAUUGUUCGUGCGAAGAAUUGGACAAGCUGGUUGAAAUUUGCCUGGAUGGUGGUGCUGUCGGAAGUCGGCUUACCGGAGCUGGUUGGGGCGGAUGUACCGUUUCCCUAAUCCGCGAAGACCAAGUUGAGUCCUUUAUUCAACAUGUCAUCGCGAAUUACUAUAAGCCCCUGUUUCCUCACCUGACCAAAAAACAAUUGGAUGAUGCCAUUUUUGCAACCCGGCCAGGCUGUGGAGCUGCCAUUAUUGUCUGCCCAGAUAAUUGA